AUGUAUCGAGACAAAAAUUAUGGAAAAUCUAAUGAUUUAUUUCGGAAAAAAUCCAUUCGAAUAGGUGAGCGUGUUAAUUACGUCAACAGUCCUCAUGUGAUCGCAAUGGUUGGUCUUCCCGCCCGUGGGAAAACUUACAUAUCUAAAAAACUAUCCAGAUAUUUAAAUUGGAUCGGGAUAAAUACAAAAGUUUUCAAUUUAGGAGAAUACAGAAGGCAUGCCACGAGUGCUUAUAAAUCUCACGAAUUUUUUAGGCAGGACAAUUUAGAAGCCAUGGCCAUAAGAACGCAAUGUUGCAAAGAAGCACUUAAAGACGUUUGCAAGUGGUUAGAAAAUGGCGGAGAAGUAGCCGUGUUCGAUGCGACUAAUUCGACCAUGGAAAGGAGAAAAAUGAUACACGAUUUUGUCGUUUGUAAACUUAAUUAUAAAUUAUUUUUCGUCGAAUCCGUUUGCGACGAUCCCGAAAUAAUCGAACAAAAUAUCAUGGAAGUUAAAGUGAGCAGUCCGGAUUAUGCAAACAUGCCAACGGAUAUUGCUCUAAAAGAUUUCCUUAAAAGAAUCGAACAUUAUCAGGAAAAAUAUGAGCCUUUAGACGAAACUCAAGAAUCGUCUUUGAGUUUUAUGAAAAUUUAUAAUACAGGUGAAAAAGUCGUCGUACAUAAACAUGAAGGUCACAUACAAAGUCGAAUAGUUUAUUACUUAAUGAAUAUUCACAUAGUACCCAGAACGAUAUAUUUAACGAGACACGGUGAAAGCGAACAGAAUUUAGAAGGUAGAAUCGGUGGAGAUGCGGAUUUGAGUCCUCGUGGAAGACAAUAUGCAAAUGCCUUGGCUAAAUACAUAGCAGAACAAGAUAUUUGUGGACUAAGAGUUUGGACAUCUUGGUUGAAAAGGACCAUACAAACAGUUGCUAACGUUCCUGCGCCACAGGAAAGGUGGAAAGCUCUAAACGAAAUCGAUGCCGGUAUAUGCGAAGAAAUGACUUACGAAGAAAUAGCAUCGAAAUUUCCGGAAGAUUUUGCUGCAAGAGACGAAAACAAAUUUACAUACAGGUAUCCUCGGGGAGAAUCAUACGAAGAUUUAGUUGCUAGAUUAGAACCGGUUAUAAUGGAAUUAGAAAGACAAGGCAACGUUUUAGUCGUGAGUCAUCAGGCCGUUCUCAGGUGUUUAUUGGCAUAUUUUUUAGAUAAAAAUUCUGAAGAGUUACCCUACCUGAGAGUACCUUUACACACGGUCAUGAAACUCACUCCCGUUGCUUACGGAUGCAGGGUCGAUCUUAUCGAAUUAGGGGUUGAUGCGGUGGAUACGCACAGACCAAAACCAAGAGUAAGUGUUGUAUCAAAAUGUACGAGCGUUUCCAUAAUUAAAUGA